AUGAAAAGCCAGACACAAUUUGGGGUUAAAGGCAAAUUGGCACUGCGAUAUAUUGGCCCGUAUGAAAUCAUUGAGAAAAUAAAUUCGAUGACGUAUCAAGUGGCCUUACCUCCAGCUAUGGAGAAUAUGCACAAUGUUUUUCAUGUCUCAAUGCUUCGGGAUUAUUUGAGAGAUCUGUUACAUGUGAUUGAGCUAACUCAUGUGCUUCUUAAAUAUGAUUAUACUUACGAGGAACGACCAAUCCAGAUUGUUAACGAAAGAAUCAAAAGAUUGAGAAACAAAGAAAUUCCAUUGGUGAAAGUAGAUUGGCAAAAUCAUAGAGGGACGCAUGUGACUUGGGAAACAGAAGAAUAUAUGAUGAAGAUAUAUCCAGACCCUAUGUUCUUCCAAAAUAAAAGUAAUUCGAGUUUGGAGGACCAAAUUCUUUAA